AUGUCUUUCGAGAGCUUCAAUGAGGCCUGGUUCGACCACCUCCACGACCUCCUCCAGCAACUCAGGCUGGCACCCAUGGCCACCGCCCCGGACGGCGACCGAGCCCUCCUCGACCUCGUCCACAAGGUGCGGACCCACUACUCCCAGUACUACCGAGCCAUGUCCUACACCGCCCGCCAUGACGUCGUUUCGCUGUUCGCGGCCCCCUGGUCCUCCUCCCUGGAGCGCUCCCUCCACUGGGUCGCCGGGUGGCGCCCCACCAUCGCCUUCCACCUCAUCUACACCCAUUCCAGCAUCCUCUUCGAGACCCAAAUCGUCGACAUCCUCCGCGGGGCUCACAACGGUGACCUCGGCGACCUCUCGCCGGCGCAGCUGCAGCGGGUGAGCGAGCUGCAGUGCCAGACGGUGGGGGAGGAGAACGAGAUCACGGCGGAGCUCAGUGAGUGUUUCAACUCGGUCAGUGGGCUGGUGGGGGCGGUUUUUGACCCCGAGGAGAACGUGGAGCGUCUGAGGAAUGUGGUGGAGAGGGCGGAGAAUCUUCGGUUCCGGACUAUUUGCAGCGUGGUGGAGAUACUGAAUCCGCAGCAGGCUGUGGAGUUUCUGGUUGCGGUUAUGGAGUUGCAGCUCUGGGUCCGUGGGAUGGGGUUGUGCCAUGAUCGCGUUCGUGAGAAUUUGAGAGGGUUUCGAGGAUUAUAG